AUGUACAUCCCCAGCACGCAAGCAGCCACCUCCCUCCUCCGCCGCAGCAUCCCCCAGAUCCCCCUCAGCGAUGCGAAAUUCACCCUCGACGCAUCCGGCGUAGCCGGUAUCUUCGGAGGAGAUGAGGCCGUCUCGGCGAUGGCGACCGUGCACGUCUACCAGGGAAGGAAAUGGCUGGGAUGGUACAACUCGCCUGGGGCAUACGAAAUCUCCAAAAGGUACGGCCAGCUCGCCAAAUCAAGGCUCUGGAGUGGUCUCUUCCCUGGCCCAGGUACCGACCCCGCCACGCUCUUCGAGCUCGAUGGGCAGAAGGGCCCAAGAUUCAAGUCGUUUGUGUCGGGGACGAUGCUCCCUGAUUCGGGUCACCUGGGCGCAUUGUUAAUGGCGGAAUGUGAAGAGAUAAAGGGUAUUCCUAUCGCAGGGAGGGUUUCAAAGCCCGCGGUGAAGGAGGUGAAAGAAGAAGGGAGCUCGGACAAGGAUCUGGCGAGCGUGCAAACCCUCGGAAAGGAGGUCAAGGACUUGGAGAAAAGCAGGUUGGAUCCAAAGACGCAGCUCAGACUGAAAAAAGACGCGAAGCGGCCGACUCUCGUUACGGUCGUCAACCUCGACAACGUCCCUCCCGACACCCUCUUCCCCACUCUGCCCCGGAGACACUCCCAGCUCUUCGCCAGCAUUCCGAUCUUCGCCAGCGUCGCCGCAUGUGUGCUCAGCGGGCUUUUUCAAGACUGGUGGGCCUUCACCAUGAUCCUCCUUGGCAUAGUCACCAGUGGUUGGGCGUGUUGGGUAAUCGGUUCUGGCCAUUUCACUUUCUCACAUCCCAUCCCGGCAGCCGGUAGCCCGCCAGGCGACGGUAUCCUCGAGAGCAGCUCGGGUGUCGUCGUACUUAUCGGAGAGGAAGGCGCAGUCAACGCAGUCACGCGUGGGCGGUUCUCCCUGCAAUUCGGGAGCGAGCCCGAGUACAGUAACAUCGGGAUUGCAUCAACGAUGCUCAUGAUCCAGUUCAUUGCGCAGCUGCUGCUCAUCCCGCAGGCGACGCUCUUUGGUCAGCUCAUGUUCGUCAUGUCACUCGGCGUCUCGUGGGGGUACAACUCGUGGUUGUCUUCGCUCGAUAAAGAAAAGAUCCAGCGCAAGAUCCUCAUGCGCAAGGUGCUCAAGCUCCCGGAGGAAAACAUGUCGAAGUUCACUGUCACCACGCGCACGACGAUGGCUGUGCUUGUCUGCCUCAUCCUCUCGCGCAUCGACCCUCCGAAGGUCUUGGACGAUAACGUGGAGGAGCUUGCGCGCGAUGGACCGGAGAAGAUCCUGCACUACCUCAUCCCGAACGACACGAAAGUGUGGAAUAGGUUCCGGCGGACCAUCGCUUUGCAGAUCAUCGAAAACCGGUCAGAGUUCCAGUUGGAUUGCAGUGACCUUGUGGGCCUGCAGGACAGAGACCAGAAGUUGCUGAUGACGCUCUGCGAGGAUGCAGAGGCGGCGCGCAAGGCGUAUCACGAGCACAACAUGGAAGCUAUGACAAGCCGACAUCGCUAG